AGUUCGCCUUGGAACGUCGCAAGAUGAAGUUCGUAGUGCUUUCUCUCGUUGUGGCCGGGGUCUUCGCCGCCCCACAGUACGAGUCCGAGCAAGGGCAGGCUCGCUUCGACGAUAGCAGGGAGCACGUGCCCAUCCUCAAGGACGAGCGCGUGAUCGAGAACGACGGGAGGUACAACUUCGACGUGGCGACAGGGAACGGCAUCGUGGUGUCGGAGUCCGGCUCUCCCGGGGCGGUCGGAAGCAUCAACAGCGCCGGAAGCUUUGCAUAUACCGCUCCCGAUGGCACUCCCGUAGAAGUCAAGUUCAUCGCCGACGAGAACGGCUACCAGCCCCAGUCCGACCUCCUCCCCGUCCCUCCCGCCUUCCCCCACCCGAUCCCUCAGUUCGUCCUCGACCAGAUCGCCUUCGCCGAGCAGCAGGAAGCCGCUCGCGCCCGCGGGGAACUCAGGGACUCCAGCCAGACCUCCGACAGAUAUGAUGCUCCCCAAUGAGGAACUUCUUUGUGCCUAGUCUGUUUUUUUUUUAACGAAGUGUCCCUAUCCGAUGUUAUCUCUUGUUGCCAUCUUGUGUAAAGGUGGAUAUAUUUUGUAGUAAGUAGUGUUUUUUUGUUUUUUUUCUGUGCAUCUCGACUAGCCUGGCACCGCAGCGAUAGACCAUCUGUUUGAAGAUGAACCGGGAAGAAGGUUAUGUACAGUAACUCUUACACUUCCGUAUAGUUGUUGAAGCUGAAGAUUUUAAGUACUGUAUUGUGAUGUCCGGUUUAUUGUUGUUAUGAAGUAAAACUCUGUUUGCUUUAUGUGUGCUUUGUUACUCUAGCAAACUUACAGUACAAUAAAUGCAAUCAUAUA